AUGGCCUCUCCUUACUCCUCUAAUUCACGCUCACCUCCACCUCUGCAGCACCCAGUGCCAACCCAUCCGGCUUUUAUACCAGAACCACCGUCAACUCCAAAUUCUCCUGGAGGCUACAUGCGCUUCAGUGGUUCUCCGUCCAACCAGGCCGUGCCUCCAGCAAAUUACUAUGGACACGGCCAGCAUGCCCAGCCUACUCGCCCGAAUCAGCCACAACCUCAUGGAACUGCAUAUGCGUCUUCUCAGUUCCAGGCUUACCCGCAAGGCCAUGGUCCUCCUCCUCCCCCACACCAGCAGCCUUUACCACAGGGUAUUGACUUCACCCAGUGGGGUGUCAACCCAGCGACAGCUCAACUCGGGAUGCAGCUUGGCCAGAGUGCAGUAGCAGCUGGACAGGAGUACGUCCAGAAGAACUUUGGUUCACAUAUACCAGUGUCACUCCUGAAGCACCAUUUCAACGUCUCAAAUUCGUAUGUCAUACGUAAACUGCAGCUUGUCCUCUUUCCUUGGCGGCAUAAACGAUGGACGAGAGCGAAUAGACCGACUGAGCAGGGACAGGCUCAAUGGCUGCCGCCUAGAGAUGACAUUAAUAGUCCAGACUUGUACAUUCCUGUAAUGGCAUUUGUGACAUAUAUUCUUCUCGCUGCCCUAUACUCCGGCAUACAAGCUAAAUUUCAUCCCGAGAUUCUUGGUCGGGUAGCAACGCGAGCGCUCGUUGUAGUACUUGUGGAGUUUGGCUUCAUUAAGCUUGGAUGCUACUUGCUGAAUAUCUCUGGUUCGAGCCAAGUAACGGACCUCUUUGCGUACAGUGGAUACAAGUUUGUUGGCGUGGUAACAACCGUUCUGUUCGCUUUCCCAAGCGCCAGCAAAACAGUAUACUUAGCCGCAUUCAUCUAUUCCUUCAGCGCGAACGGGUUCUUUUUGCUUCGUGCACUAAAAUACGUCGUCCUACCUGAUCCGAGAGAUACUUCGCAGCACGUUGGGACACUGUCACCUGGCCAGCGAAGCAGACGCAUUUGGUUCUUAUUUGCGAUUGCAUUAUCACAGUUUUUGUAUAUGGGUAUACUUGUGCGGAUUUAGAGACCGCGUGCUGUUCG